AAGAGAGUUCUGAUAGCUCCAGUGAAAGUGAAAAAGAGAAAUACAGACACAAGAAGAACAGAUCAUCCCAUAAACAUGGGAAAAGUGACUCUGAUGAGGAACACAUGUCUAGACAGUGCGGACAUGACAAACCUCAUGAAAAUGGGGACAGAAAUCGAGGAUUUAAAAGAUUUGUUAAACAAGAAAAACAUUCAGAAAGAGGUUUUGGAAAAUACGAUUCCAAACGUCUGGUCAAAAAAAUAAAACCUGAACCACCUUCAUGUGAUGACAGUGACAAUGAAAGACGUUCACGUGAGAUGCAUCAGAAAUCAUAUAAAACUACUUCUCAGCAUAAUCAACGACAGAGAAGUUCAUCUAGUGAGAGUGACAGAGCUAACUAUAUUAAGUUUAUUCAUAGGGAAAGAAGAACAGACAGUGAUAGUUAUAGAGAGGAAAAGAGUAGAAAAAGUGAUGAAUUGGGUGGAGACAGACAUCAAGAUUCUAGAAUCAUGAAAGAAAAUAUUGAAAUGGAAAAUAGAAGUAGGGAAAGGGAAGAAAGGAGAAGUAGGGAAAGGGACAAUGGGAGAAAUAGGGAAAAUAGAAGUAGGGAAAGGAAAGAAAGGAGAAGUAGGGAAAGAGAGAAUGGAAGAAGAAGGGAAAAUAGAAGUAGGGAAAGGGAAGAAAGGAGAAGUAGGGAAAGAGAGAAUGGAAGAAGACGGGAAAAUAGAAGUAGGGAAAGGGAGAGUAUGAGAAGUAGAAAAAGCUGGGAAAGGGAAAAUAGAAGAAAUAGGGAAAUAGGAAAUAGUUCUAGAAAAGAACGUGAUGGUAGUUCCAGUAGAAGUCGAGAAAGGGACAGUUACUCUAAAAGGAGAUAA